AUGGCCGAAGAACCUAUGUUCAUGCGAAUCCCCCCAGAGAUCCGUAUGUUGAUAUACGACUACCUUCUCGACAAUGGCGGAACAAAGGACAUUUCAAUCCGAAGCCAAUCAAGAUCCGAGUAUGAUGCGUGCCGCUCGAAAACGCGACGUUCAGCGUACAACAUAAUGGAACGAAGUAUCGUAAAGAGGUCAUACGAAACAACGUAUUGCGCCGAUCCCGAACCACGCCGAGCGAUGCAUACAGUUAUCAUGCACAUCAACCGCAAGAUACGAGAGGAAGCGGCCCAUUUUUUGUACACAAAACAUGCCUUCCACUUUGGGGAUGAUCUUGAGGCAGUGGUGCCUUUCUUCGCCGAUAAGACACCACGCACUAGAGACCUAGUCCGCGAGAUCAGCCUUUACAAGUGCAGCCCGACAAAUGCCAUUGAGCCAGACUCUUGUGACUGGUCUUCCGUCUGUCGUUCGCUACAGAGUUUGCAGAGCUUGGACAAGUUGACGCUUGUCAUCGAAGGCGCUCGGCCACGAGAACCGUGGGACGGCCCGCAGAGCUUGACGGUUUCUGACUUUCGUCUGUUGUAUUCCACUCGUCACGAGAGUCUGCGGUGGGCUCGGGAACUGGCCUCAAUCAGGUCGGUCAAAGAGGUGGUGAUUGUCGCCGAUAUUCACAACUUGCCGAAUCCCGAGUCGAAUAUGAUGCUAGUCCUUGCCGCAUUUUCAUCCUCAAUCAAAACAUCAUUAGUGGAGUUCCUACGCGAUGAUUUGGGUAUUCCAGCUCGCGUUGGAAAGUCACAGUAUUGUGGUGUGGGAGUAUUUGGCCGAUCCAAGAAAUGUCAACGCAACGGAUGUCUGCCGAGUUGA